AUGUCAACCAAGGACAGCAAGCAAGACGAUGGGCCGGAUCCCAUCCUGCUCUCGCUCUUCGCCAACCGCUUCAUGUCCGUCGCCGAAUCCAUGGGCAAGUCUUUGCAGCAAACGUCGAUCUCGACCAACAUCAAAGAACGUCUCGACUUUUCGUGCGCACUUUUCAGUCCCGAUGGCUCGCUUGUGGCCAACGCGCCGCAUCUGCCCGUGCACCUCGGAUCCAUGUCGUUUGCCGUCAAGUUCCAGGUGGACUACCUUGCCUCGAUCGGUGAAAAGAUGAAGCGCGGCGAUGUCAUCAUGGCCAACAUGCCUGUGGCCGGUGGAUCGCAUCUGCCUGAUAUCACGUGCAUCACGCCUUGCCAUGCGGAAGAUUCGGACGAGAUCAUCUUCUUUUGUGCCAGCAGAGGUCACCAUGCCGAUAUCGGAGGCAUCACGGCAGGUUCGAUGCCGCCGACGUCCAAAACGCUGUUCGAGGAGGGUGCGAGGAUCAAGUCGUUCAAGAUCGUCAGCGAAGGCAAGUUUGACCGUAAAGGACUGGAAAAGUACAUGCUGGAAGAGCCCGCCCAGUAUCCAGGGUGUUCGGGAACCAGGUGCUUCCGAGACGUCGAGAGUGAUCUGCAGGCUCAAAUCGCCGCCAACCAAAAGGGCAUCAACUUGAUCCACAUGCUCGUGGCAGAGUGGGGGCUCGACAUGGUACAGCAAUACAUGGAAUACAUCCGAAACAAUGCUGAACAGGCGGUCCGCUCGCUGCUUCGCGAUGCGGCAAAGCGACAGGGCACCCAGCUCCACGCGAUCGAAUACAUGGACGAUGGCACGCCGAUCGAGCUCAGCGUCGACAUUGACAUCGAGAAAGGAUCGGCGACAUUCGACUUUGAAGGCACAGGUCCCGAGGUGGCGGCCAACUUCAACUGCCCUCGCUCGGUCGUCUCGAGUGCGAUUAUCUACUGUCUUCGCUCCAUGGUCUCGUCCGAGAUCCCACUGAAUCAGGGCUGCUUGACACCGAUCGACAUUCGUAUCCCCAAAGGCUCCCUGCUGGACCCGUCCGAGACAGCAGCGGUGGUGGGCGGCAACGUGCUCACCAGCCAACGCAUCACUGAUGUGGUGCUCAAGGCCUUCAACGCCGCCGCAGCCAGUCAGGGCGAUACCAACAACCUCACAUUCGGUCUCGGUGGAAAAGAUAAGGAGGGAAACCACGUCGAAGGGUUCGGAUACUACGAGACCAUCGCCGGUGGUUCUGGCGCUGGCCCAUACUGGCACGGCACGUCCGGUGUGCACACACACAUGACCAACACGCGCAUCACGGAUCCCGAGAUCAUGGAAAGGCGUUACCCCGUGCUGCUGCGCGAAUUUUCACUCCGAGACGGUUCGGGCGGCGAAGGCGAGUUCCGAGGCGGAGACGGUGUGGUAAGGGACAUUGAGUUCCUCAGUCCAGGCAUUCAGGUGUCAAUUCUAAGCGAGAGGCGGGUGUUCCAGCCAUUCGGACUCGAAGGCGGAGAAAGUGCAGAGAAGGGAAUUAACCUCUGGAUCAAGCAGCGUCGACAGGAGGAUGGAGAUCUUCGUGAAGGCGAAGAGGAGGACAAAGCGCCUCCUCGCAUCAUCAACUUGGGCGGCAAAAACACGACACCCAUGGGAAGGGGCGAUCGGAUCGUCAUCAAAACGCCGGGUGGUGGUGGGUGGGGACGACAGGAUGGUCAUCCAGCGAAGCGGGGUACGAAGCGAGAGGGUGAGAGCGAUGAGAAAGACGAAGAGGGCAAGGGCGAGAAGAAGGGUCCGAUCAACGAACGCAAUGCAUCGGGCAGGAUGGCGCCGCUGCUGAACGAUGUCAGCACCUCUAAUGGGGUGAUCGCCAAGAGCGAGGAUAACGUCGAUCCUACCAGCGUUCACAGCGUGGUAAAGGCGGGCGCUCACCAUACGACAAGAGCCAGGGGAAGCAUGGCUGAGUGGAGCUCGUUACAGUUGGGUGCAUGA